AGUUGCAUCGUGGUGUGGAGAGACCUUUACAAUAUCUCCUUUUCGACAGUUUCUUAUAAUACUUUCACCAUCAAACUAUCCGCGCAGUAAACGACAACACUCGUAUGCGAACAUAUCGAUCCUGAUAAACAAUCCAGACUUCAUCUCGUAAUGAAACGUUUAAUAAUAGUCACCGCAUUGGUUAACAUUUGCUUGGCGGAUGUAUCACAUAUUUUAUCGGAAUACCAGACAACGACCACAACAUUACCUCCAAAACCGUACAGUUUCCAAUAUGAAGCAGGACGAUACCCGGGACACAUUGAUCGGGUUCAUCAAGAAGUCGGAGGUGGAGAUGGAAUUAUUUAUGGAACAUAUUCGUAUGUUGAUCCAAAGUACAAAGUACGAACAGUCGAGUACAGAGCUGACAAAAAUGGAUUUCAUCCUGCAUUAAUCAACUUUGAAGACACUUUUGCUCAACCUGUCGAUUCGGAAGCUGUAAGAUUGGCUAAGGAGCAACAUAUGCGUCUUUACCAAAAAAUUGCAGAAGCAAAUGCUCAUAAUAUUCCAGUAAAUUUGCCACGGGAUUCAGCCAGCGUAGCAAGAGCGAAGGACAUGCACAACGAAUUGUACCACAGGAUCGUGGAACAACACGCGGCGAUUGCCGCGCAGAGGGAAGCUGAACGACUGGCUUAUGAAGCGACUUCCGUUGCCAAUGACGUUGAUGAUCAUCGGACACGUUAAUCGCGUAUUAUGCACGUGUUGGCAUCACGUCCGACACGUAGUGUAUAUUCUAAUAACAAGAAAUAUAUAUUACGCGUGAUGUCAUCGAAAUGCUCACAUAUAAUGAUUUUCUUAAGCUGAUUCGAAUAAUAGAGAAAUGUUUUCGUUCGAUGACUUACGAAUAAAAAUUUCUAAUCUUUGCUAAUCUAUAAUAUAAUAAUAUGUGCUUCUUGUGUAAAUAUAUAAGACUAUAGUUAUUUUAUACUCUCACAGUCCUCAACAUGUAUACGGAUAAUAAAAGACUUUAGAGGCAUAGAAAAAGAAAAAAUAUAAAACAUUAAAUAUGCUAUAGUAAAAUGA